AAAUGACUGGCCCUCAUAUCUCAGUCCUAACUCCGAACUGCCGACUCGUGGACUCCCUCAGGAGCCAGGACUCAUCCAUCUCAAAUUGCAACAUUUCCUCACAGCUUCACAGAUCGAUCGCAAUUCGCAAAACUCAUACGACCUAACUCGGACCGCAAAGUAGCAAACUGCAACGUGGGGAUCGAAGGUUGAGCAUCUUCCAUUCUUCCGUACUCGGCAACUCCCUCACUGCUGGCUCUUGUCUUCACUCUUCACUGCAUCUAACAUCUUCCAUUUCUGCUCUUCGGCAGUUCGGCCUUUGCCUCAGACAUUCAGAGUUUCAUAGGACAGGGUGGUUAUACAGCAGUAGAAGAUGGUGGUUAGGCUGAGAUUGUCAAGGUUUGGGUGCAAGAACAAGCCCUUCUAUAGAGUGAUGGCUGCUGAUAGCAGGUCCCCCAGGGAUGGAAAGCAUUUGGAAGUUCUUGGCUAUUACAACCCGUUGCCUGGGCAAGAUGGUGGGAAACGAAUGGGUCUUAAUUUUGAAAGGGUGAAAUAUUGGCUAUCAGUUGGUGCACAGCCAUCGGAUCCAGUUCAGCGUCUUCUUUUUAGAGCGGGCGUGUUGCCGCCUCCGCCAAUGAUGGCCAUGGGACGAAAAGGUGGUCCCCGAGACAAUCGUCAGGUGGAUCCUAUGACAGGACGUGUGAAUACAUCCGAAACUUCUAAAAAAAAUGAAGAAUCACCUGUCAAUUGAAAGGAGUAGAAAUCAUAAGCUAGUGGGUUGCUGCAAUAUAUGUAUCCAGUAUGACAUGGAAUUUACUCAAUUUAGGUUGUUAUAUAUUCCUAAAAAUCAAUGGAUUACAUAGCCUAAAAGAUGUCUCUGUUGAUGCAAUUACUAGAAACUUUCUGUGCACUACUAUUUACAAAAAAAUUACUUUUUGUAUGGAGAACAUUUACAUAUACUUAAAUGUCUGAGUCAGCCUUAAAAAAAUUAUCUCAUACAUCCG